AUGACGGCCAUGAGCCAUGCGAGCGCCUACGACAUAGAGCUCCUGGGCCUCCCGGAGCUCAGCAAAGACGAGAAGUACUUGCGGGAGUUUCUGAAUGCUGCAUGGUGGGCUAGUCUUGGCGACGCGGGUAUAGAGCAGGAGGAUGUCAAACCAGAGGACGAUCCCAUCAAAGAGUGCCGAUGGGACCAUGGCCAAGUAAUUCUUCGCUUCGGUACACCAGAAGCUGCAUCUUUGGCUCUUAGCCUUAAUGGUCUGCGGUGCAGAGGCUGCGAGCUGAGGUUCAGCAGGCCCAAAGGCUGCGCUACUCACAAGGCAUCCAAGCACCCACACCAGGUGCAGGUGGCGGAUCUGCGUGCCACCCUUGGUUUCCAAAAGGAGGCUUUCGCCAUGCUUCAGGGAUGGCAAGAAACCAUCUUCAAAGGCAGCAGUCCUGUGCAGGUCUUGGACACGUGGUCAAGCAUGCUGCCAGCCAGCCACUACGACAUAUUGGCCGUGGACAGGUCUGCCUCCAGCGAUGAGAUCCUUGCAGCUUUCCGACACCAGUGUUCACUGAACUGUGAGCGAGGGGAAUUGCGAAAGGCAUGUCGAAUACUGACAUGCGCCGAAACGAAAGUCCAAUACGAUCACGAACCCGAGCAGUUUGUGUGGGAUGCUCUUCGUGCAGCGAAGAACGAUCACUUCCAGCCAGCCUGCUUCGUGUUGCGCAACUUGGACCGCCUGCGCAAGGGGCUUGUGCGACGCAUCCAAGUGUUGCCGCGGCAAAGCUCGCACCUUCGGCGUGAGAAGAAGAUGAUCGUCAACAGAAGUCGUGGAGCCGACCUGUGCAUCGUGUCAUCAGAGCCACAAGCCAAGUAUUUACCAUCGGAAGUCUGGGUUGCGGGAGAACGAGUGCAACUGUCAGACGUGGAGGCGUUUGUACAUCGAGCAGGUGACGAGGCCGACGGAUUGCGGGCGACCCCUGACCGCACCAUCCUGACCGUGCCUAAGCCAUUGCUCGACAAGAUUCCCCACGGGGCAGAUAGGCAGAACCUCAUCGAAUCCGUCAAAAGCACCACAGGACUGACUUUGACCAUAGUGGAGGAUCGGAUGAUUCUGGCCGCCGGACAUGAGCGAGGGCCGCAGGGGCAGCAUCUUCUCGCCCAAGCCAUCGCCCUCCUGCAGUCCCAGGUGAUUUGGAGGGCGGCCGUGCAGUUCAAUCAUGGCACCUAUCAAGCCUGGGGUUAUGCGAUGUGGGCCGAGAAAAUUGGCAUCCAAGUUGUCCCCAACAGGGAGCCAGAUCGCGACGAAGCAUGGGAGGUGCUUGCAACGACUCAGCAAGAGCUGCAGCUUCCGUCGCAGGAUAGCUUUCCUCAAAUGGUCACUGUGAUCCUCAGUGCUUUGCAAGAGCGUGCCGAUGUCGGCAAAACGGUGAUCAAAGUCUUGACUUCGAAGGUGGUUGCCUUUGAAGUGAAGGAAGCCAACUUCGACAUGCGUGCAAAGGCGAUCUGCCUCAUGAUCCGGUUGUGGGCACGGAAAAGGCUUGCACACACCCUUGGGGACUUUGAACAGGAUGCUCUGUUCAAAACUCUUUGGAAGCUGCCGAUAAUGUUGGGGAACCCGCAGAUGCAGCAACUUCUACUUAUUAGUGGUCAAGUUCUUCAAGCGCUGCACCUGGCUUGGAUCGAGUUUCCGGACAAGAGUAGCUGGCUCCCGUGGAACAUGCUCCUGCCAGCAAUCGGCGACCAGAUCGGAGAGUUGCUAAAGCAGGCAGCCGAAUCAGAACAUGUUCAAAUGCGAUCGAAUUGGAGGCGCAAUGCCAGCAUCGCAGCCUUCAUCACGGAAUACAUUGCUUUCAACCAGUUUCGUGCCUGCGAGACCGGCAUCCAGGCAGUGUCCAGCAGAGCUUGGCGCUCUGCGCUCAAGCAGACGACCCCGGUUCCGGCCCAAAGCGCAAUGCCAAGUGCUACAGCUCAGCCAUCAGCAGCCGCACCCUCACCUCCCAAGCGAGAGAGAGAGCACACCGAUGACGAGAAGCCACAAAGCAAGGUGCCUCGAACGUUAAUCGAAGAGUUCGAGAGAAACGCGCAGGCCCAAGUUCCUCUGUCACAGUCGCGUCAGACGACUAAGCCUAAGCAACCCGAGCAACCAGUCAAACCGAAGCAAAAGGCAAUGCCGAAGGUUGGCCAGAAGAAUGCCGCAAAUGCAAAUACAAACAACAAGCCAGCAGGGAAAGCCACCGAGACGAUUGUGGUGAACCUGGACAUGCAUGAGGACACAACCCCUCAGAAGUCCACGAUCACGUCUGCACCUGCAGACCGUGCCAAAGCCACAAGCACGUCUCCCUCUGCAAAGCCAGCGAGUUUGUUGGCAUCUAUGCGGCAAUUCGAGAAAUGGUUAAAUGGCUUCGAUGACGGAAAAGGCAAAUUCGCCGAUCUCUACUUGCAGAAGCUGCAGGAGCAGUUUAAUGACAUGGAGGAGUUCAAGGAAUGUGCGCAGGAGUUGUGCAACUGGCAGGAGCAGAAGCUGCAAUUGAGCCACGUGGAGACAGAGUUCUGGACUGCGCUCGACAUAAAAACUAUGGGCCACAAGGUCCCGAAUAAACCCUCGAGCCUCCACUUUGUGAAGGCUGCGGAGUUGCUGUCCUUGUGCUGUCCGAGUCCGGGUGCUGAGGGUGCCCAGGACGAGCCCUGCAAAUUCCGCUUGUCCCAAGCCUUCUUUGUGAACGGCACGACCGCAAAUCCUCUCGAAGUGCUGUGGAGCUUCCUGUUGGAUGCCCAGCUGGAUCCCAGAAGGUCAAGCUGGACGGUCUUGGCUGGCUACUUCUGCCACACCGCCUCGGCUUUGUACCAUCGAUGCCCAGACCAGGUCCUCGAGUACUUGCGCCACCGCGGGCCAGAUCAGGUGCUGGAGUGCUUUCUUCGGUUCCUGGGAACGAGGUGCAUAGCAGAGCUUUUUGCCACGCUGCUGUGCGCCCCAGACCCAGAGCAUGGCCUCUUCGAAGUGGACGGGCUGAUCCUGCGCCUGGUCGAGCAUUUGUCAGGUGAUGCUCCUCCUAGCGAAGACCCGAACGAGAACGUUUCCCUCGUCCUCAAGACGUUGAUAAGCCAGGCAUGUGCCAAGAAGCUUUACUUCGCCUCGGCGGUUGUUGAUCAGAUGUCUUCGCCCAUCGUGGUGGAGCGGCUUGUGAGCAAGGCAUGCGCGGAGUCUGAUGAGCUGGCUUCUAUGGCGAAAGCUGCAGCAUCCGUUCUGGUCGGAGCAGUCUCGCAGAUUCUUCAUGUCACGCCCAACCCAGCGCUGGCCAGCCGUGGACCGAACUUGCUGCAACCCUUCGAGGAGGAGGAGAGCCACGGACAAGAGACCGAGGCCGAUGGUGAUGACUCACGGCGUGCUGCCGGCACUGCCCUUGUCCAGCACAUUUGCCAGCACUUGCCUGCCCUUUGCGACAGUUUUCUGGGAGCUUCGAAGGAAGAGGACGAGGGCCCGCCCAGUGCCCAGCAGCAUCUUCUUGACGGACAACGUCUUCGAGAAGCCAUCGUACUCCUGCUUGAGGCAGCGGAGAGCGACCUGUGCAACGAGGACUUGUGGAACCAGCUCUUGCAGCUGGCCACGGGGUCGAAGCUGCUGGAGGACACGCUGAGCGCGCAUCUUGCUCUCCGAGACGGUAGCAGCAGCGAGAGUGCGGAGGUGUUGGGAAAGAGCCAGCUCAUCGCCGAUCUUCGCCGUGCUCGCGCAGCCCACGAAGCCGAAACUAGCAGGCUUUGCCAGACAACGCAGAGAUCGUUGAAAGUCGCGGAUGGGCCGGCGGCUGUCGAAGCCAUGUCGCUGCUAGUAGAGCUCGCUCGUCUACAAGACUCCGAGGUGCUUCAGGCCUUUGUGGAAGAGCUGGUCCUGCCGCGGAGCCUGCGCCGCCUCUUCGACCGGUCUUGGGGCGCAGUGAUGCUUAACGCCGUCACAGCCUUGUGCGUGGAAAUCCUCCGAUGCCCCGAGCCGAAGGGCAAAGAGGCCGCCCUAUCCUUGCUGGAGGAAGGCCACCUGCUGGAUCGUGUGGCCGGCGUCCUUCGGAGGCAAUCCGAAGUUCGAGAGGCCUUGUCGCAUCGGCAAGAUCACAAAGGUGAGCUUUCCAUGCCUCAGCUUGCUGCACCACUGCGCAAGAUCUGUGCAGAAUUACGCGAAGCAUGCAGCAGAUGGCCGGAGGUGCACAUGGGCCUCUUCAAUCUGGACGCCUGGACGGAGGUCAUCCUCCCGGAUUUAGAGGAGUUUGCGCAGCUGGAGGAGGAGCCACUGGGUGGCUUCGACAAGCUUGUGAACGUUGGAUCCGUGGCCAUUCCUGGUGAGGUGGAGUUCACCCCUGAGGACCUCCGUGACAUCGAUGAAGAUUUCGACACGGAGUGUUUGCUAAACCUGGCGGGUGAGCAGAUGCUCCAGCGACAGGCCCAGGUUGCAGCACAGAAAGCUGGCGGGAACGAAGUUGAGGGAACGCACGAGACAGCUCCUGUAGAGUUGCCAAAUGUUCCCGACGAGGAGCCUGGGCCCGUGGGCAAUCUCGAGCCAGGUGCAGGAGACGCUGAGUGGGUGUAG